AUGUUGCAAACUGGCUCACUCAGUCGAUACUUUCCGUGGUCCGAUUGGGAUCGCGCACCUGCAUUUGCCAUUCUACUUCUCGCUACUGCAGCACUAUUAUGGCUCUCGAAGAAAGAAUGCUGCAAGAUGUGCUUUGCCGUUUUUCUCGGCCUUUCUGACACUGAUGGAGGGCAUGCAAAGACAUCGAUGAGGCUAAAUGCAUCGGUUCCUGCUACGACCAAGCGGGAUUUAAACACACUGCAGCGCUUGCGUAUUCUGUAUAAGCUGCGUGAUCGCAUCGAUAAUUUUUGUAUUGGGUUAGCAGCACUCUCUGUCGCUACUGUGUGGCUACAAUUCCGCGCGAUUUGGUGCUCAUCUGAAACGUAUCAUCGCGAUUUACCUUUACAAGCUCCAGGAGAAGCGAAUGCGGCAUUACUUUUGCUUACCACGUUGAUUCUACUUCACCAAAUUUAUUAUCGCUACUCCGUCAAGAUGGAGAUCAUGGCACUGCGAAACCAAAUUCCCUCGGAUAGUCGCUUCUCGCUCUGGAGGUCGCCACGCUUGCUUUUUCUUCCAUUCCUGACAGAGUUAUUACUUUGUGGCAUUUUCCUUCCUCCAUUCGUGCACGGACGAGUUUAUUUUGACGAAGAGCGCUAUUCGCUACCCCGAGCAACGCUAGAAGUAGUUCCAGCGUGUCCAAGACCUCUGCAAAUGACGACUAGCCAGCAAUCCUGUGAUCUUCAGUACUCCUACCCUCUGGAAAUUGUGAAUAUGAUCGUGCUGGUGCGUCUCUACUGGUUUGGUCGCGCAAUUCGCAACCAGCUCUUGAAACAAUUAGUUGCGGACAAAGCGACGUCAAUGAGUCCUGCGACACUUGACGGAAUAGGAGUCCCGGCAGAUUCGUUGUGGUGGAGUUUUCGAAUAUCAUUCGCUUUGCGACCAUCCAAGGUGCUUCUCACUCUUUUCGUGUCGCUGUGGGUGAGCACGGCCGUUGCGGUCUCCGUUUUUGAGCGGCCAUUUCCGUCCAAGCUGGAUGGAGAAGAUCAUGCGCUGUGGCUCACUCUCGUCACGAUGACGGGUGUAGGAUAUGGCGAUUCUUAUCCUGUCACUCUUGGUGGCCGCGUUUGCAUAGUUCUCGGGGCAGUGGUUGGUGGUUUGGCUUUCAUAUCGCUCAUGACAUCUGAGUUUCUGGACUCUCUAAAGGGCUGCAUGGCGGCAGCGCUUUUUAUAUAA